AGGAUCCCGAAUCCGUCCCCGCGCUUCUAUACAUAAUGGCGAACAUGCUACCUAGGUAAUGGACUGUGCCGCUCCUCGUUCUGAGUCGAGGUCUACUUGCCUAGGUCGAGCCUAUUUCAAGUUCGCGGCGUUAAUGAGGUUCACGACAGCGUGAGGCUGCGUAGUAAUGGUGACAUGAAGGAAGCCAGCCAUGGCCGUGAGGCUACUGGCAAGGGUACUUUGUGAAACAGACAAGAUAGAGCAAGUUAGUAGAUGGAAAGUCGUCACAGUUGUGGUCGACUCCGUCGCGGCGCUCACGUGACUGAACAUCGCUAACAUGUCUGAACGUCCAAAUGCGGCCAUACCCUUGUUCUCCUUUCAUUAAAUCGCUUCCGGGUCACAAGCCGUCCUAUCGCUUCGGUCUCUCCCACUGUCACCCAACCCUGCUUGUACGUCGUCGAGGACGAUGUUUAGCCCAACUCGCACUGUACAAACACCGUCAAGGACGAGGAGACAUCCGUACAUUGGCUGCUUGAACGCAUUCGCGCAGAGCCACCAAGCCACGACCUUGCAGAUGCUUUCGGACGAUAUCCUACUGUUGAUCAUCAGCUCCGUGGAAGUACGAGACGUGCUGGCUUUGAGGCAGACAUCCAAACGUCUCUUCACCAUCUCGAAGCUACGCUGGGUGUGGCAUGACGCAAUCAAGCGGCACGUCGUUGACAGAGGCCUACCAAUACCCGCGGCAGACACAGACCUGAGGACGUUGUCGGCGGAGCAGCUCGAGGCGCGAGCCGUGCACGCCGCCAAGUUCCAUGACAAUUGGUGCUCUUCGAAUCCCACCGCCCGCCACACGCUCUCGUUCCUCGCGGACCAGUAUCUCCCUGACGAGACAGUCGAGUCGCACAAGUCGACUGUGAGCCAAGUCGCGUUCCUGCCCGGGUGCAGUGGCCAGUACCUCGUGACUGUCGUUGGAAAGAUCAUUACUUGCUGGGAGGUGCCAUUCGACGGCUCGGGCGCGUACCGCAUCGCAGACCAUGUCGCGUCAUUUCCGGUGGAACAGUUGACUGUCAACGACGAUAGUGGGAGCGAGGCCACUCUUGUGUAUUUGGCUGGCAUGACAGCACCGCAUGAUCCAACGAUGGUUGUUGCACUUGCUCUCGAUAAAUUUCACGGGCGAUUUCGAGAGAUCUCGAGAUUACGUAGCGUCCGCGCGAUGGUACAUCCUCUGCAUGUUAUGCAUGGGGCCUACGUUGUCCUGGGGCAGGCACCAACGAUCUGGUAUUACGAAGGACCUAUGGAGGCCAUCAAUCUGCAGCCAACACAUUACUUGGCGCAAGCCGGUGAGAUCCGUGCAGUCAAGGUUGUCAACCGCUAUAUGGUUGUCGUGCGUGAGAACUGCAUACAUUUCUUGUACGCACCUGUCUGGAAUGGUACGCGCACUGCCUGGAAUCGGCAGCCGCAGUUGCUCUUCCAGGUCAACCCCACGGCCACAGAAGCUGUGAUCAUCCACCAAACCGCUGUCGUCGCACAGAGGGACCCAAGCGACUGGCCAUCGACGCCUGUGACUGUCCUCUGGCGAUGCCGGGAAGACGACGUUGACAUGAUCGUCCAACUCGAUUUGCUUCCUGGCCUCGACAAACCCACCGCGUCAUCCGCUGUCGAAGGCUCGCUGCCACCGUAUUUGCUCCCUUUCGCGCAAUGCAAACGCAUCAACGCGGUUCCCGUGCCACCGUCCUGCAGGAAGCUGCAUGCCACUCCGAGUGGUAAAGGCUUUUGUGUCCAGACCAGGAACCUCUGCUCGCGACAUUCGUCCUACCCUGCACGUUGUCUAUUCGGAUUUCAUGUCACUGCACAACCGGGUGCCGUCUCAACGGAGCGAACCAGCAAGGGGGUGCAACGGCCCAAAGCGACGUACCUCGAGAACGAGGUGCAUUACUCGGAGAAGGCGCUCUACUCGCGUCGGUGCGAUAUGAGCGAGAUCAUCAAGCGGCAGUAUGCCAUCGUGUCCACUGCAUUCGAAGACACGACCGGGCGAAUAGCCAUCGGGGACAGGUACGGCCAAGUGGAAGUGCUGGAUUUUGCAUGACGAUUGGGCGUUUGAGAUAGCUUUUCGUCGAAGAUGGGCUGCUCGACCUUUAGCACAGUGUACAAUAUCAUGGCCGGAGGGAGAGGAGACGGGCUGCCUGUAUCACUACGAGAUGUCUUUAUGUUGGACAGAACAAUAGCGAGUGCCCGUUUCGGGAAAGCCUGCGAGGGU